UUCAAGCAGCUGUAAGAUAAGCUCGGGGAAGGGAGUAGGUCAGGGUCUAUUUUUUCUCAUUUCAAGUCAUCUGGUCUAAUGGACAUACUCUUCGUAAAUGCUUUUUAAGAACGCUCAUUUCAGGAAAGCAGAUAUCGGCUUCUUAGAGGGCCCUGGCCUCGCUUCCUAUUUGAAAGGUUUCAACUUCACCGGUGAGCCGCCCUGGUUGUCUGGCUGACCGUCUUCCUGCUGCCGAUCCCAUCUCUUUCUCAUCUGUAGAACCCCAGCAGUCUAGUUGGAAUAAUGAGCGUCUUCAACUCGGCCGAAUUUGACUUUGCCUUCCUCGAUGAAGGUUUCACUGCCAGAGACAUCGUCGAACAAAAAAUCAAUGAAGUUUCCCUGUCUGAUGACAAGGAUGCCUUCUAUGUUGCUGACCUUGGGGAUGUCCUUAAGAAGCACCUGCGAUGGGUCAGAGCACUGCCCCGCGUCACUCCAUUUUAUGCUGUGAAGUGCAAUGAUAGCAAAGCUGUGGUGAUGACCCUUGCAUCUUUGGGGGCAGGAUUUGAUUGUGCUAGCAAGACUGAAAUUCAGCUUGUUCAGAACAUUGGAGUCUCCCCUGAGAGGAUCAUCUAUGCAAACCCUUGCAAACAAGUUUCGCAAAUUAAAUAUGCUGCUGCCCAGGGUGUGCAGAAGAUGACCUUUGAUAGCGAAGUGGAGUUGAUGAAAGUGGCAAGAAGCCAUAGCAAUGCAAAGCUGGUUCUUCGAAUUGCUACAGAUGACUCCAAGGCCGUUUGCCGCUUGAGUGUGAAGUUUGGAGCUACGCUAAAAACUAGCCGUCUCCUUUUGGAAAGGGCAAAGGAGCUGGGUGUGGACAUCAUUGGUGUAAGCUUCCACGUGGGAAGUGGUUGUACUGACCCAGACACUUUCAGCCAAGCCAUUUCUGAUGCGCGCUGUGUCUUUGAUAUGGGCGAAGAACUUGGGUUCAACAUGACGCUCCUGGAUAUUGGUGGUGGCUUUCCUGGUUCGGAGGAUGUGAAACUUAAAUUUGAAGAGAUAACUGCUGUAAUUAAUCCUGCCCUUGAUAAGUACUUCCCUGCUGAUUCUGGAGUCCAGAUCAUUGCUGAACCAGGCCGAUACUAUGUUGCAUCUGCCUAUACCUUAGCAGUCAACAUCAUUGCCAAGAAGGUGGUCCUGAAGGAACAGUCGGCCUCUGAUGAUGAAGAUGAUGGGACCAAUGACAAAACUUUGAUGUAUUAUGUCAAUGAUGGAGUGUAUGGGUCCUUCAACUGCAUCCUGUAUGACCAUGCCCAUGUAUUGCCUGUUCUCCAUAAGAAGCCAAAGCCAGAUGAAAAGUUCUUCACCUGCAGCAUUUGGGGACCAACGUGUGAUGGCCUGGAUCGCAUUGUUGAGCUCUGCGGUAUGCCGGAACUCCAGGUUGGAGACUGGAUGCUGUUUGAGAACAUGGGAGCUUACACAGUGGCUGCAUCAUCCACCUUUAAUGGGUUCCAGAAACCAGACAUUCACUACGUGAUGUCAAGGCCUGCUUGGCAACUGAUGCAACAAAUCCAGGAGCAAGGUUUGAUCCAGCCAGUGGAGGAGCUGUGUCCUAGCACUAUGCCCAUAUGCUGCGCCUGGGAGAGUGGAAUAGAGCUUCCUUCAUCCUCAUGUUCCACACGUGUGCUGUAACCAGCUUUUCUGGGAGGGAGGAGAAGGGGGCAGUAGUGUUGGGGACCAGUAAUAGGCAGAGUGAAGGCAACUGUAUGUAGUACUUCUAUAUGUAAGCUUGGCAUUUUGUCUUGGAAGAAAAACUGCUCUUCUACCUCCUAGUGUGUCAUACCAACUUUAUUCUGAGAUUUAGUACCAUGAUUGUUCCUGCAAAUAACUGGAUUUUAGUAGUUGGUCAGGUGUGUGUGGAAUAAAUUGCUGAGCAUGACAUGUUCUCAAACUUCACGGCAUUAGGAUUUUUGAGGAGGUUUUUCCUGAAAGGGUGUGGGCUGUUACAGAUCCAGAAUAAAUUCUCCUCUUCCAUGUAGAAACCUUAAUUAUGAGUUUGCAUACAUAUUUGCCUUCUACUUAAGACUUGGAAGCCAGUUUAUAUUUCAAAAAUGGAUGUGAAAGAGAUGGGAUUGCAUUUUACACUGUUCCUAUGGAAACGUUUUUAAAUUUUGUAUUUUUAUAAGUAAAAUGCUUAGUGAAAAUUAA